AUGUACAGAAAUCAAGGGCCUGUAUUUUUUAUGGUAUAUGCAUGUGAUCUAUAUGCUUUCCACUCAAUUAGGUUGUCCUCUAGUCCACACCUUGACACAAUAUACUUGUAUACGUAUAUUUUUCCCCGAAGAAGCUGGUUCAGAAACUCCACUAGUAGCCUAACAUCUGUUGGCAGCGAGUCUCUUCUAGACCACUCACACCUCAAACCAGGAGCCAAUGCCUCCCUUUUAGAAUAUUCUCAGACAAUCACCAUGUAUCGAGACAAUGCAAAAAAGACACGCAAUGCAGACAUCCAGAGCAACUUUGCCAUCUUUUUGAUCGAAGCUGCCAAACGGCUGGAAGGCAAGGACUCAGUUACAGACACAAACAUGAGAUUAUCUUAUUUGCUUGAAGCCGAAUCACUACUCAAAAAGGUUGCGUCCCAAGGCCACACAGAAUCACAAUACCAUCUAGCCAACAUGCACGCAGCUGGUUUGUGCUCGCAACACACAAAAAAACCCAAACCGGAACUUCACAAGGCAUUCUGUCUUUUCGUACAGGCAGCCAAACACCACCACCCAGAUGCAUCUUAUCAGGCUGGUAAGGCAUACGAAGAAGGAAUUGGGACCAGACGUGACAAAGCAAAGGCAGUGCAAUUCUAUAGAAGGGCUGCAGUACUGAACCACCCGGGUGCAAUGUACAAGUUGGCCAUGGCACAGAUCAAUGGCCAUCUCGGACUAUCAAGAAAUCUACGUGACGGUCAUAAGUGGCUAAAACGCUCGGCCGAGGCUGCCACAACUGAAUACCCUUUGGCUCUUCAUGUACUCGGCUCACUACAUGAAAAAGGCGACGGGGUUGUAUUUCCUGACCCUGACUAUGCCCUCUCGCUCUAUCGUGAGGCAUGCGCCCUUGGCUGUGCGCCGUCAGCUUACAGACUGGGUGAAUGUCAUGCCUCUGGAGAACUUGGCUGUCCCCAAGAUCACCAGCGCGCCCUGGAUUAUUAUUCACUUGCUGCUGAAAAAGGUCACCCAGAAGCAUGUUUUGCAAUGGCAACGUAUUACAUAUCUGGUGUUCCAGGUCUCUUGAUUGCUUCUGAUGAGCAGGCGUUUGAGUGGGUACAAAAGGCAGCUGAUGGCGAGUGGCCGCGAGCAGAAUACACACUGGGAUACUUUUAUGAAACCGGAGUUGGUACCCGACGUGAUCUUAAAGAAGCCAUGGUUUGGUACCGCAAGGCAGCCGAUCAUGGAGAGAAACAUGCAUUAAAACGACUGCAGAAGAGUGGAUGA